AUGACGACGCUUUCCACCGCCGUCAUCGCCACCAUAACGACCCUGAUGGCAAUUCUCUCUCCGUUGCCAUUAGUCCGAGGCCUAGGCGGCUCCGCAACCACAGUCGCCGUCAGCUACGGUUCGGCCAUUACCAUUUGUGGCAUAGUGGCCGGGCAACAAACCCAGCAAAUUCAAUGCUUUCGGAACGGCCAAGUCACCACAAUCUACCCAGGCAUCUCCUUCGACUCCAUCGCCGGUGGCUAUGACACAAUAUGCGGUAUAAGGUCCGGUGGGUCCAGCCUUCUUUGCUGGAACUCCACUUUCGGCCCCAAACGGCUGUACUACGACAAUUCUGUGCCUCUUGAAGAACUCUCUGUUGGUGAUUAUCAAAUUUGCGCUUUGACAAAUGGUACACGAGAGCCCAGAUGCUGGAGAGGUGGCUCCGUUCCGCCUCCGUUUCCAAAUGGGUCUUCAAGUUUUCGAUCAUUAUCAUCUGGGUUGGGGUUUUCUUGCGGAGUUUUGAUGAAUACAAGUAGAUUGAUUUGUUGGGGUAGUAACCCAAUUGCUUCUGAUAUUCAAAACCUGUUCGACAAUAUGCUCAUGGGGAAUAUAGCUGUUGGUGGGAGUCAUGCCUGUGGACUGAACACCACAGGGGUGUUGUUUUGUAGAGGAAAUAAAAAUAAUGGUCAAUUGGAUGUUCCAUCCAAUUUGGCAUAUGAGUACUCUGGAUUGGCACUUGGGGCCAACCAUAGUUGUGCAAUUCGAAGAUUGAAUAGUACAGUGGUUUGUUGGGGUGGAAAUGGAAGUUUUUCGAAUAAUUUUACAGAUGGGGUUUCUUUUGAGUCUAUUGUUUCUGGGUUAGAUUUUAUUUGUGGAUUGACUACAAGUAAUUUGUCGAUAAUUUGUUGGGGGCCAGGUUGGUCUAAUGAUUCAUCUGCUUCUCAGCUUCCGUUGCCAAUGACUCUUCCAGGGCCUUGUGUUGAGGCUACAUGCGAGUGUGGUAUAUAUCCUCAGUCUCAAUCUCUCUGUUCUGGUAAUGGUAAUAUAUGUAGGCCUUGUGAUGUAGCAUUUUCAAUCCCACCCACUUCACCGCCGCAGCCGCCACCACCACCAACGGUUAGUCCCCCACCAUCACGUCGAUCUGAAAGUCUAACCAGAGGUUUAUUGGCUUUUGCCAUUGUUGGAUCGAUUGGGACAUUUUCAGGCAUUUGUACUAUAAUUUAUUGCUUGUGGACUGGUGUUUGUUUUGGGCACAAGAAAAUUCAUAAUUCGGUGCAACCCACUAUAACUGGUUCUAAUGGACCCCAACCAUCCAAUAGUAGUCCUAUGUCAAGAUCAUCCACUCUUAGGCGCCAGGGCUCGAGGCUGAUGAGGCGCCAGAGGAGUGGACCUUCAUCAAAACACGCGGACAGGGCAGAAGAAUUUUCGUUUUCAGACCUUGCUGCUGCCACAAACGAUUUCGCCCUAGAGAACAAGAUUGGUGCUGGCAGCUUUGGUGUUGUGUACAAAGCCAAACUAUCCGAUGGGCGCGAGGUUGCCAUCAAAAGAGGUGAGACAGGUGCUAAGACAAAGAAGUUUCAAGAGAAAGAGAGUGCAUUUGAUUCAGAAUUGGCAUUCUUGUCUCGGCUUCACCACAAACACUUGGUGAGCCUUGUUGGAUAUUGUGAAGAGAGGGAUGAAAGGCUGUUGGUCUAUGAGUAUAUGAAGAAUGGAGCACUGUAUGAUCAUCUACAUGACAAGAACAACGUGGAAAAGAGUAGCAGUGCUCUUAAUUCUUGGAAGAUGAGGAUUAAAGUUUCACUAGACGCUGCUCGUGGGAUUGAAUAUCUACACAAUUAUGCAGUUCCACCUAUAAUUCAUCGAGACAUUAAGUCUUCAAAUAUAUUGCUUGACGCGAAUUGGACUGCAAGAGUAUCUGAUUUCGGAUUGUCAUUAAUGGGUCCGGAGUCUGAUCGCAGUUAUAAGCCGACAAAGGCAGCUGGGACAGUUGGGUACAUUGAUCCAGAGUACUAUGGACUCAAUGUUCUAACAGCAAAGAGUGAUGUUUAUGGUCUUGGAGUAGUAUUGCUUGAGCUUUUGACAGGAAAGAGAGCAAUAUUUAAGAGUGGUGACAAUGGGGGUACACCUACGAGUGUGGUGGACUUUGCAGUACCAGCAAUUAUGGCUGGAGAAUUGGUGAAGAUUCUGGAUUGCAAGGUUGGGCGGCCGGAGAUAAAUGAAGCGGAGGCGGUGGAGCUGGUGGCCUACACUGCCAUGCAUUGUGUCAAUUUGGAGGGGAAAGAGAGGCCAACCAUGGCUGACAUUGUUGCUAAUUUGGAACGAGCAUUGGCUCUAUGUGAUGAUAAUAGCCAUGGCAGCAUCUCUAGUGGUCCAAUCUCCAUUGUUUCAGAGUGAAAUUUAAUAAUUCAAAAAAGGAAAAAAAAAAAACUGAUUUUGUUUGAUUUUUUCGGUUGAUUUAUAUGGGGGUAUACUUCUUGGAGUGUAAAUGAGUAGGGUGUUUGAUAUUUUUUUUUGGUCAAUUGGGAUGUUUGAUCUAACUUAAGCUGUAGUGUAGGUUAUUGUGAACACUGACAGCCACUAAAAGCAUUACAUUAUUCUUUUUUCAAGGAAUAAGGGCUAAUAUUUUC